AUAGGUACCAGUAAUCUCGCGCGAAAAAAGGGUCGAAGUGGUUUAUAAAACGCCUUAGAAAAGUGUGCUUAGAACUCCGUUGUAAUGUCUAAAAGGCCAAAAUCAAAAGCUGUUGUUGACUCAGAUAGUGAUGAUUCAGAAGAAGAAGUUGUGGACGAAUCCCCCAAAAAGAAAAAAUCUUCCAAGUCAAGCUCYACUGUAGAUGAUGCUAAACAAGAUGAUGGUAGCUACGUAUUUCCAAUUGCCAAGAAACGCCAAGUCUCAGUGAGAGAAUUCAAAGGCAAAGUUCUUGUUGAUAUAAGAGAGUUUUAYGAGGAUAGCAAUGGCGACAUGAAACCAGGAAAAAAAGGUAUAUCUCUUCAAGUUGAMCAAUGGCAGAAGCUAAAAGAUAUCAUGGAUGAUAUUGAUGCAGCCAUUGAAAACUUCUAAGUGAAGCAAACUUUUGUAUAUUAUUAAUGUUCAAUUAUUUCCUARAAAGUUAUUUAUGGAGUAUAAUUCUCCCAGAUAAGCAAUGUCUAAAGAACACACCAUAUCAAACAAAACCCUUUUUCAAUUGCAUCAUCGAGCCUAAGACCAAAUGGGAGGAUGGGAAAAGAAAUAAUAWAAUAUUAAGCUAAUACCAUAGACCAUUAUAUAGCAGUGUUUUCUCUAUGUUGAAGCUGUUUUGUCAAUAUUCCACAGUUUAAAGGGAUUCCAUAGAUAGUUUUCUUAGAAAGAUUUGUUCAUGUGUACAAAAAUACUUCAGUUGUCUUGAGACCUUAUAUAUUGAUAUCCAAAAAUCAUUAAUAAAAGAAAGUUAUUGUGAA